CACAGGUGCAAUUUGGUCAUUUCAUACUUCGCUCCACCUCCCUUCUCCCAACAAAAUCUUUCCUUCAAAACUCCACCUAACACACUGGGUGAAACUGAAAACCCAUGCCUUCUUUGUCUCUGUCUCUCUUGUUUUUUCACCAUCCAAACAUUUUUUUUUAAAUUCCCUUUACAUCCAAAUAUAUAUCGACGCCCUUUACUUGAGUAGUGUAUGUAAAGAUUUCAAAUUUUUGGGUUUCUUGGGGGUUUUAUUCACACUUUCGUCUGGUAGUGAUGGAGACUGCGCUGGAAAAAUCAGUUCUUGGUCAUCCCGUGUUCGUUCCCGGAAAUAAAUUCUCAUGUUUCAUGCAUCAAAAUCGGAAUUUGAAGUUUCCAUUGAAGUUUGCUUCAAGGAGUCAUCGAUACCAAUUUUGGGUUCAGUCGGAUUUUGUCAAUCCGCAUAGAUUGGCUAAAACUGGUAUGUAUGAUAGAAGUAUGCAUUUAGAGUCCCCUGGUAGAGAUAGAGAGCAUCUGGGUAUUGAAGGAAACGUGGUUUCGGUUGCAAAUUUGAAAUGCAUGAGAGUUCUGAUAAAAUGCGGAGUUGUUUUAGGAGCUAUGGUUUGUGGGGUUUUGGUGUUUGGUUGUAAGAGAGUGUUUGCUGAGGAAGGCAUGGUGCGUGUUGGACAGGGGACAUUGUUGUUGAGGAAUGCAUGGCCGAAGGUUUUGCAGCUCUUGAGGUUUUUCAAGGAGCAGGGUUUGGUGUUGGCAGCACUACUGGGUCUCUCAGCAUUCUUCUCCAUGGCUGAGACUGCAAUAACCACAUUGUGGCCAUGGAAGAUUCGUGAGCUGGCUGAGAAAGAGUCUGACAAUGGUGUCUUCAAAAUGCUACAGAAUGACGUUACACGGUUUUUGACAACUAUUCUUAUUGGCACAACCGUCGUCAACAUUGGAGCAACUGCGCUAGUGACAGAUGCUGCAACUGCAAUAUUUGGUGAAGCUGGUGUUAGCGCUGCAACUGGAGUAAUGACUGUUGCCGUAUUGCUGCUUACUGAAAUCACUCCAAAAAGUUUAGCUGUUCAUAAUGCUGCAGAGGUUGCUAGGUUUGUGGUUAGGCCAGUGGCUUGGCUUUCCUUGAUUUUAUAUCCUGUUGGAAGGGUUGUGACAUAUCUUUCAAUGGGAAUGCUAAAGGUUCUCGGUCUGAAAGGACGAAGUGAACCAUCUGUCACCGAACAAGAGUUGAAGCUGAUGCUACGAGUGGCAGAACUAAGUGGGGCAAUCGAGGAGGAGGAACAGGAUAUGAUUGAAAAUGUACUAGAGAUAAAGGAUACACAUGUUAGAGAAGUGAUGACUCCUCUUGUUGAUGUAGUUGCAAUUGAUGCGAGUGCAACUCUUGUAGAUUUCAAUAACUUGUGGGUGACCCAUCAAUAUUCAAGGGUGCCUGUUUUUGAGCAACGUGUCGACAACAUAGUGGGUAUUGCGUACGCCAUGGAUCUCUUGGAUUUUGUUCAGAAGGGUGAGCUGCUAGAAAGUACUGGUGUUGGGGACAUGGCUCACAAACCUGCCUUUUUUGUGCCUGAUUCAAUGUCAGUAUGGAAUCUUCUUAGGGAGUUCCGCAUCAGGAAGGUUCAUAUGGCUGUUGUUCUUAACGAAUACGGUGGAACUGUUGGAAUAAUAACCCUAGAAGAUGUGGUUGAGGAGAUCGUUGGUGAAAUCUUUGACGAAAAUGAUUCAAAAGAGGAGAUCCAGAAGAAAACUGGCUAUAUUGUUAUGCGAGCAGAGGGGAUAUAUGAUGUUGAUGCUAACACAUCUAUCGACCAACUCUCUGAAGACCUUAAUAUCAAAAUGCCAGAGGGCCAUCAAUAUGAGAGGGUAUCUGGUUUUAUAUGCGAAGCAUUUGGAUAUAUUCCAAGGACAGGUGAAAGUAUUAAAGUUGUCCUUGAGAAGGCAAAUCAAGAAGAGGACAAUGAACAUGGUGAAGCUCGUUCUGACCGGCAAGAUCCAAAAGAAAAAAGUCACGUUUAUAAACUUGAGAUAUUAGCAGGAAAUGCUAGAAAGGUCAGUGCUAUUCGGUUUGAACGCAUAAACAACAAGGAUGAGAUUAUGGAAGCCAAAGAGGUAACUCACUUGGUUCCCAAAAUCAUGAGGAGGAGAUGGAGCAAUGAUGAAGAUUCAGAUAAUACUGAUUACGUGCACUUGUCCCAAAACAAACAUGAGGAUGGCCUUUCUGAUGAGUAUGUAAUUGCUGAACUUGACAAAGAAAAUUAGAACUCCGGUAGAAGGAGGGCGAUGGAGGAAUGAACGAAAGUGGAAUCACAGCCUUUGCUACUACCCAUCACAGGAAGUAGUUGAAUCUUUCAAUGAAACUGAUUAAGGUGCCCUUCACGAGACUUCUUUUUUUUUCUGUAUUCUUAUAUAUAGGACAUGAAUGUGCACUGCACUCUCUGUUGAUGUAAAAGGUUAAAGUGGAAUCAGCAGCCGAGUGGAAAGUCCAAGAAAGAAGGCAACGGGUAUGCACCCAGUUUGAGAAGUUUUGAGUUGGUUGAUGUGAUGAGAGAAGUGAGAGUACUUCUAUGAAGAUCCAAAGUGCCGUGGAAGCUACUUCUUGGAAGAGUUUCUUUAGAGGAAUAAGAGGAUGGUUUAUAACCUGUCGGCUUGUUGCCGUGAGUCGCUAUUGCUUUGGAGGAGAUGGUGCCCCCUUUUUCCUGGUGGUAAUCCCUUUUUUGGUGGUGCAUUGUUGGAUCUUUUUACUUUAUCAUUUUCAUUCUGUUUUUAGGUUGGUGGAGUGCAUAAAGGAAAAUAAACAACUAGGGUUGACGAUGGAAAGACCGGACAAAGAGUUGGAAUGGAGAAUCAUUUCUUUUGUGUUUUUUUCUUGACAGUAGCUUUUGAUGGUUACGAAAUAGAACCAUAACCUGCCAAAUGCAACAUCCUCCUCUCCUCUGACUCCUCACUGAGAGUUGCAAAAGCCAUCCUCCCCCCACCACCCCUCACCAAGCCACACGCCACACACCACACACACUCUCAUGCUCACAUUUUCUGUUUUGUCUUGGAGUUGUUUGGAUGGAGAUGACAUUGGAUUGUGCAGAGAAAAUGAUGUAGAGACAUAUGUUAGAUACAUCCAUGGCUGUUUUUUGUUGGAAGGUUGUUUACAGCAACUUUAUCAUAUUGAGUUGUGGUUUGAAUUUUGUGAGUGAUC